AAACAGCGUGAGAGCUAGUUUCGGUUUAACCGACUUGACCGCAGUGGAGUACUUGGGCAGAGGGGAGAGAAAAUAGUCUCAAAACACUUUCUACGUGUAUAAUCAUGCAUGCAGUCUUUCUACAUGUAACUUAUAAUCAUUGAACAUGACGCAGAACCAUAUCGCGCUGUGAAUCACGUGACGUUUAGAGUUCAUCAGACAUCGCAACGCGGAGCAGGCCUACUUCUGGAGACAAGUUAAGAGGAGCACAAUAAUCGAGUUUAGCGGGCAGUUCAUGGACUUUUAGUCAGGAAGUGCUCGUCUUGCUCACUGAGAAACUUCCUGCUUUUCUUCUGGAUAAUCAAGGACAGAACUAUGCAGGAUAGUAGGGAGACGGAUAUUUUACUGAGAUUUUGUAUGAUUUUUCUGUUAAAUGUUUGUGUUGUUUGUCUUUGCCCACAGAAUCACUGUCCAGCAUCACUGUCAGCUCUCUCCUCUCUUCUGUAUCUCAUCUGAGCAUUCCUGCAGAAAAGGGAUGGAACAUAUAUCUGAUAGAGAGGUUAUUUCCAGUCCUGAACCCGUAACCAGAGAUCAGUUCAUCCAGUACUCCGGGGGGCUGACGCUGGAUCUAAACACGCUGUCUAAACACCUCCGUCUGUCUGAGAGGAACCGAGUGAUCCGAUUCUCUUACACUGAGCAGGAGUAUCCUGAUCAUCCAGACAGAUUCAGCUGUUGUCAGGUGUUGUGUAAGGAGAGAGUGUGUGGACGCUCUUACUGGGAGAUCGAGUGGACUGGUCGUGUGUAUUUAUCAGUGUCAUAUAAGAGCAUCGGGAGGAAAGAAUUGGGUCAUGUGUGUGACUUUGGACGUAACGAUAAAUCUUGGAGGUUGUACUGCUCUGACUCCAGAUUCUCGUUCUGUCAUAAUGACAAAUGGAUUAACGUCCCUGUAGUGUCCAGCUCUGAUAGAAUCGGAGUGUAUGUGGAUGAGAGAGCAGGAAUUCUGUCCUUCUACAGCGUCUCGGACACAAUAAUGACCCUCAUCCACAGCAUCAGCACCACAUUCACUCAACCUCUCUAUCCUGGACUUGCAAUAGUUUCCAUUCAUUCUAAAGUGACACUCUGUGAUCUUACAAUGUAGAGACCCACAUGAAACUAAUGCUGUAAAGCUGCCUCCCCAGGUAUUUAUCCGAUUGUAUUCAGUGCAGAGACGUACCAAAUAACGGUCAUUCAACUUAACCGGAAUUCUCAUAUUAGCGCAAACGUUAGAGUUGAACGUUAUUGGAAAGUGGCGAAUACGUCCCAAAUACCAAACUUGUGAAGAUGUAACCGGAUCUUAGUUCCCGGAAACCGCUUUAUUCAGCAGGUAAUAUUUAAUACAUUCAAUCCAGUGCCUUUAUGCAGUGUUUAUCUAAUCUUAUUCAAAAAACUCAGUAUAAUAGUGGUGCAACGGAUCACAGAACCCACGGUUUGGAUCAUUUUACUGAUUUUGGUUGACGGAUCGGAUCAUUUUCCAGAUCAUCUAAUGUAAACGCAUGUCAUGGUUUUAUUAUAAUAUAAGCUGUUUGGAUAAUUUUAUAAAAAUUUUGUUAACAUACCCUGAUAAUAUCAGCAGAUUCAUUUAACAGUAAUUAAUUUGUCAUUCAGUAUGCAUGCAUUAUAAAAAACGAAAUAUUUGUGUUAUAAGUAAAAUAUAAACGUAUAUAAGUUUAUAUGUUAAUUACUAACAAAAUAAGUAAAAAAACGAAAUAUCUGUGUUAUAAGUAAAAUAUAAACGUAUAUAAGUUUAUAUUUUAAUUACUAACAAAUAAGUAAAAUAUAAACGUGCAAUCAGAGUAAACGGCUGACAAAUGGAUCUCUAGAGAUCAGAUUAUGAAUGUGAAGGGUGUUAUGAGGUGUCGAUCAUGGAGUAAGGAUCUCUACUGACUUUCUCUGCUUUACUGAAUUAUGAGUGAUUGGCGUUUGCGCGUGGAUCGCAUCAUUUGCGCUUUGACUCAACACAUUUCUUAAACUGCUGCGUUAGGCUAGCUGUAAAGUUAAGAUGUUUGCCUUUUCAUACUGUACUCAUCCAGAUACUGAGAUACGAGAGUGUGUACUUGCUAAAAAUAUCUUUUACUGUAUGGUGAAUAAAACUACAGUUAAUCCGCGGAUCACAUGCAUUCCGAACUGUAGAGCACGAUCCAAGACAGGUUUUUCUAUACAUGACAGUUUUUUUCCAUUACUGGAGUUUUUCAUUUAAAUGAGAAUCUAUCACAGUAUAUCACAUCUUGAGUCAAACUGCACUGUACCUCAGCAUCAGCCAUAUAUUUUAGCCAAAGUCUACAACACAGUAAAGUGAAUCGAUGAAUAAACUGUUAACUACCUAACAUUAUAUUCACUUCCAUUUUUGGAUCGUUGUUUAGGUGCAAUACACAAAAACUUUGCACUCAAUAACAUAUUUAGACACGUGGUGGGUUUUGCAUUUGUAACAGUGCUGAAAUGUAUCAAUUGUAUUCAUUUUGACUUUGUAUUACGAUCUAAAAGAAAUAAUUCAGUCAUCUGUUAAAUCAAUGCAUUGGCGUAACUUAAAAACUCUUAAUAUGUUCAUUUAAAUAAACUUAAGUUGCAAACGUUA